GUCCAAUAUAAUGUAAAUAAGGAAUUCUUGGUUGAGCAGAUUUAUGUGAAGAUACCAUCACAUUCUUGGUUGGACAUCAAAUAAUUAAUGGGAUCAUAUAUGAUCUGCAAAGCCAACAAAAAACUAAGCCAAGAAAUUCAAGUAUUGUUUGUAGUCCAUGAUGUAUGCAUACUGUUUUCCUAAUGGUGGACAUGGAUCUAUCAAUCUCAGAUUAGUCAAUUCAACACACCCAUUAUAAAAUUAUAAAAGAUAGAAUAAAAUCUUAUAAAAUAUGUGAAAAAGAAGAAAAAUGAGGGAAAUUUCUUCAAACCUUAUUGUGUGUGAAUGUGUGGUGGAUACUAAUCUAGUAAUCUUAUUUGACUUCCUCAAACAACUGUCUUCAAUUUUCUAAUUAUUACACACAUUAUUAGUUUUAUUAUUAAUUCAUCAUUAUCAUUAUUAUUUUCCCUUUGUAAGCCUAUAGAAAAGUGCCAUUUGGACACUUACGCACGAUCUUACCUCAACUUCUCAAAUCUGAAAAAAAAAAAAAAAGUAAUACAAUUAAGUUUAGAUCAAAUAACAAAUUGGUCUUAGUCAAAACCCUUUUUGUUGCCGAGUCCAUUGCAAAACUCUCUGUCUCUGACUUGUACUUAUCACACCCUUCUCUCUCUAAUGUUUCUCCAUUCUCUCUUCUUUUGUUAGAAAAAAACAAAAACAAAAACAAACCAACUACAUGACUCUUCUUUGAUACUCAUCCAACCACUGUCUUUGUCCACAAAACCAUACUCAAAAUCAUUUGACACCAUAUCUCUCUUCUUUAAUUUCAUCUCUUCUAUGAUCUUCUUUUACACAUAGAUUAUUAUUGAUUCAUCAAAAUUCAAUAAAAGGGUCUAAGCCUAUUUAUAUGAUCAACAUGGAAACCGCAUGGAAUAAUGAUAAUGAUGAUGGCAUUGACAUGAUGGAUAAGUCUAGUCAUCAUCAUCAUUAUCAUCAUCAUCAUGAUCAUGAUCAUCCACAUUCUUCCUUCACUGACCUACAUCAUCAUCAUCACCAUCAUCAGGUCAUUGAUGAGAUGGAUUUCUUCGCUGAGAACAAGAACAAAAAUGAUAACAACAACAUCCAUGAUAAUAUCCAAGAUGAUCAUGAUAAUAAUGAUCAUGAUCAUGAUGAAAUGGUGCACAGUUCUAUGGAGCUUCAUGUAGAUACUAGCUUAGAUCUUCGUAUGAAGAACACAGAUGGCAAUAGCUCAUCAAUGGAACCAUCAGAAACUAUGGAUGACAAGAAGAGUAAUGAUUUGGGAUUGCUAGCAGAAUUGCAACACGUGAAUGCUGAAAAUCAAAGAUUGAGAGAGCUUAUUGAAGAACUUAACAAUAACUAUAACACCUUACACAUGCAACUUAUCAACCUCAUGCAGCAAAGGGAUCAAAAUCAUGCGAUGAAGCAAGACAUAGAGGAGAAAAGUAAGAAGGAAGAUAUGGUGGGAAGAACAUUCCUAGACAUGGGUGUUGCUGGUUUUGGUGAAAAGGAUAAUGAUCCUUCUCAACAAUCUUCAGAUAUCAAACUUGGAGCAGGAGGAGAAAGCAAAAGCAUGGUUGAUAAUAAUAAUAAUAAUAUUGUUUUGGAGAAAGACAAUAAUAAUAAUAAAGUUGAUGGUGGAAACAGAGAGAGAAACACAACAAUGGUUACUGAUGAAGGAUUAUCAGGUUGGCUCUCUAACAAGGUUUCAACGAGGUUGAAUUCUUUCAGGGAUGUUGAUCAAGCUUCUGAAACCAUGUCUAUGAUCAAGAAAGCACGUGUAUCAGUGAGAGCAAGAUCAGAAUCUUCCAUGAUUGCAGACGGAUGCCAAUGGCGAAAGUAUGGACAGAAAAUGGCAAAAGGAAAUCCAUGUCCGCGAGCUUAUUAUCGUUGCACCAUGAGUACUGGUUGUCCUGUUCGCAAACAAGUACAAAGGUGUGCUGAAGAUAGAAGUGUGUUGAUAACAACAUAUGAAGGCCAACACAACCAUCCACUCCCUCCAACUGCCAAGGCAAUGGCCUCAACCACCUCUGCCGCCGCCUCCAUGCUCCUCUCCGGUUCGAUGCCAAGCGCCGACGGCCUAAUCAACCCCACCAUACUCGAAAGCGCCACCCUUCCUUGCUCUCAAAACAUGGCUACACUCUCAGCUUCAGCUCCAUUUCCAACCAUAACUUUGGACCUAACACAAACCGCCACAAAUAAUAAUAACAAUAAUAACAACAACAACUUUAACCCAAAUUCUUUAAGGGAUUUGCCUAAUAAUCAAAGCCAACAACUUAGUCUCUUAACACCCCUUUUGGCUCAGAAAUUUAUGUCAGCUCCAAACAUGUUUGGACAUGUUCUUAAUGGUGAUCAAAGCAAGAUUAUUUCAGGAUUACAAGGAUCAAUUGACACAACAACAACAGGUUCAUCUUUUGCUGAUACAAUAAAUGCUGCAACUGCUGCUAUCACUGCUGAUCCUAAUUUCACUUCAGCUCUUGUUGCUGCCAUAUCUUCCAUCAUUGGAAAUUCAACACAUCAUCAUCAAAGCAGUAACAAUAAUGAUGCAUGAGAUGACAUUGAGAAGAUCAUCAUCAUCACAAAGUUAAUUCAAUUUUGUUAGUGUUUCAUUUAAUUAAUUUAAUGUUAUUAUUAUAGCUAGCUAGCUAGGCUCAUCACAUCAUCAAAUUCUAGAUA